CGUGACACCUGGGAAGAUUGUCAACUGUCUUGAAUGUUUUCCUCUUGUGAAUAAUCUUCCUCCCUGUGAAUGAUGGUUUGAGAUUGUUUGGAAUUGGCCAAAAAACCCUUUCCAGAUUGAUGCAGCAACAGUUCAAGACUUCAAGAAUUCAAUUGGAUGUCCUGUUUUUUCACGUGACUUUAAGAUCAGCAAAACCUUGCUGAAUUUUGUAAUUGAACGGAAACUGAGGUUGGGGGAGGAUUCACACUCAACCAGAUAAAUAUCACAGUUCAGUUGUGUUUUCAGACAUUUUAAGGGUUACUAUCGUGGGCUUUUUGGUGAACCGAUGAAGAAAAUGUUUCUCAGAUUUGUUUUGUUCUGUUCGUGUUUGUGGCGUCUGGUUGGUGAGUUUUAAAUCUGUUUUUAUGGCUUCAAUUGUUUCUGUUCUGGUGGAAUGUAAUAAAUUACUGCUUAAAUUAGUCAGAGAGGAUUACUGUUUUGCUCUACAAAACAGUGGAUUACUCUGUAAAUAUACAUAUGAGGCAUUUCAUAUUUUAGUUCAUUCAUUACUAUGUAAGUUUGUCUUUCUACAGAAAAAAUAUUAACAAAAUCAGACAUUUCUCACAGCGAAGAUGCCGAAAUUUGUUUGAUUUGACAUGGAAUGACCAAUUUCUCUUUCUCUUUUCAUAUAUCAAUUUUUGUCUUUGUACUGCUGCAGAAUAUUAUUAACUCCACAUUUAAAUGAUUGAAAGUAUUUUUGUGAAACUUCAUCAAACAAACAUCAAGUGAUUUUAAAACUUUAAUCUGUGAAAAAUCCUGUUCUUCAGGUGGGUUUGAUGAUGCAGUAAAGAGGAGAGUGCCGAUGGGAAAAUCAGUCACUCUAUACUCUGAUCUUACUGAAAUAAUGGAUAAUCAGAUUCAGUGGAGGUUUGGAACUGAAAACACUCUAAUAGCUGAAAUCAGUAAACGGUUCAACAGAUUCACUGUAUAUGAUGAUGUUCUUGAUGGGAGAUUCAGAGACAGACUGAAGCUGGACAAUCAAACUGGAUCUCUGACCAUCACAAACACCAGAACUGAACAUGCUGGAGAUUAUAAAAUCCAGACCAACAGUACGAGAAAGAGAUUUUUUCUCUCUGUCUACAGUAAGUUAAAUAAUAGUUUGGUAAGAACUCUAUCAGCUGGAGUUUGUUUAUUAAGUGUGCAGGACAACCGCCCAGUAAAGCAUUACAAUAAUGUAACCUUCAGGUCAGGAACACAUAAAUUAACUUUUUCUGGAGUGGUUUUACAAAUGUCAGAAAUGUGGCUUUUAAAAGAAAGUUUGCUAUAGAAGAUCACUUCUACACUUUGGCAUCAAAUCUACACUUUUCAGUUUCUCCAGAUGAAAAGAUGAACUCACUCAGAGUUUCAAAACUAAAGUUAGUCUCAGAUUUGCUAAAAUCCCAAAAUCUACAAUCAAAAGCAAGAAUUUUUUAUUAUGAACUUUUCCAAAUUUUUCCAAUACCAAAUGCAAAUUCCUCUAAAUUAACAAUUACAUUUACAGGUUACUGUGUUUUCUCAUUAACGUUCACUAAUUAAUUUAGUAAUAUCAACAAAGGCAAACAUUAUAUGUGUGAUUCACUUUUUUGAGUCAAAAUGGAGCCUGCUAAAUGUUUUUUCUCUUUUAUUUUAUCUGUAGAAACAUCAGUGUGUUUGGUUUGAUCUGUUGGUGGAUAAACUGCUUCUGCAUCACUGUGUGUGUCAGCAGUUUGUGGCUGAAGCGUUUCUUCAUUUUCUCUCCUGCUAAUAAGAAGCUCAAAAUCUGACAUUAACUUGUCGCUGUUCUAUUGUGUAUUUUAAUAUUGACUGUUGUAUGAGCGUGUCUGUCUUUGUCUUAUUGUGUUGUAUAUAGUUUUUCCUUAUUUCCUUUUAAUGUGUACUACUUGCCAGGGGGUGUGCAGAUGGAAAUUAGCUUAAGGCUAUAAUCUGGCAUAUUGAUAUUUGUCUUAAUGUUCAUUAAUAUGCAUUGUUCCCCCUUCUCUUAAAUAAAUAAAUAAAUAAAUAAACAUCUCACAGCUCUAAAUAACACACCACAGAUAUCUAAUCCAAUAUACACUCUUCUGCUAUUAGGUUUCAUUCAGGACCAGAAUUCAUUUGAAAAUGUGCACCCUUUUGUGGUUUUAUGUGACAGGACAUGAAAUAAUCAUCUGGUCAUUAGCAGGUCUUAAAAUCCACUUUAGCACUUAGCUAAUCACUAUUAGCGUGUAGCUAUUCACUACAUUCAAGGUAUUUUAAGGCAUUAAGAAUUUUUUUUCACAGGAAAAAGUGUUAAAAUAUAUAAUUUUGAUGAUCAAGGAUGAGUUUUAGGGGAUAAAAUAAUUGACUACAGUGGGACUUUAAAUAAACAAUGACACAGGGUAAUGUGUUGUGUGUUUUUGUUCAUCUGAGGUCGUACCUCAUUUUAAGACCUGCCAAAGACCAGAUAAUUUUUUAUUAUGUCCUGAUACAGAAAACCCUAGGAUUCAAUCAGAUGAAUUCACACAGUAAUAUUUAUUAAAGGAAUCAACAAGGCAAGAACACAAGAGAAAACACGAGGGAAACCAAAAAUACAGUCCAUGACAGACACAGGGAACACAGGCAGGGAUUGUGAGUGACAAGUGAUUUUAAAGCUUUAAUCUGUGAAAAACUCUGUUCUUCAGGGAGGAGGGGUGCGUUUGUAUCAGUGAUAGAGGGAUAUUCAGUCACUCUAGACUAUGGUCUUACUGAAAUGAAGGAUGAUGAUCAGAUUCAGUGGAUGUUUGGAAACACUGUAAUAGCUGAAAUCAAUAAACAGGCCAACAGAUUCACUGUAUAUGAUGAUGUUCUUGAUGGGAGAUUCAGAGACAGACUGAAGCUGGACAAUCAAACUGGAUCUCUGACCAUCACAAACAUCACAACUGAACAUGCUGGAAAAUAUAGAGUAUUUAACAACCUUUAUAAGAUCAACAAUGUGGAAAAUCAUUUCAGCCUCACUGUCUGUGGUGAGUUAUUUGAUUUUUGUUUUUGUUUUUUUGCUUGUUUUUUAGUCAGCACAAAGAUCAAUUAUUAAUCCAAACUCAAUUUUGCUUGUGUUCGGCCCAUAUAAUGAUGAUUUCCUUUUCAAUUUUAAAUUUCAAACUAUUUUUAUAAAUUAAAUCUUUGUUCUCCAUGUGUGUGUUUGGUGAUACAGUUGAAAUCUCAGUGAUGGAGGGAGAUUCAGUCACUCUGAACUCUAGUCUUACUGGAAUCAAGGAUGAUGAUCAGAUUCAGUGGAGGUUUGGAUAUAAAUACACUUUAAUAGCUGAAAUCAAUGUAACAGCCGACAGAUUCACUGUAUAUGAUGAUGUUCUUGAUGGGAGAUUCAGAGACAGACUGAAGCUGGACAAUCAAACUGGAUAUCUGACCAUCACAGACAUCACAACUGAACAUGCUGGAGAAUAUAAAGUAUUUAACAAGCAUGUGAACAUAUAUUUCGCUCUUGCUCUCUAUGUUGAAAUCUCAGUGAUGGAGGGAGAUUCAGUCACUCUGAACUCUAGUCUUACUGAAAUCAAGGAUGAUGAUCAGAUUCAGUGGAGGUUUGGAACUGAACGUACUCUAAUAGCUGAAAUCAAUAAACUGUUCAACAGAUUCACUGUAUAUGAUGAUGUUCUUGAUGGGAGAUUCAGAGACAGACUGAAGCUGGACAAUCAAACUGGAUCUCUGACCAUCACAAACAUCACAACUGAACAUGAUGGAGAUUAUAAACUACAAAUUGCAUCUCGGAUAAUAUCAUUAAAAUCUUUCAGAGUUUCUGUCAGUGACUCUGUCCACUGUUGUGGUCCUACUGAAGCUGUGAUCCGAUUGGUCCUCUCUGCUCUGGUGGGCGUGGCUACUGUCAUUAUUCUGGUUUAUGACAUCAGAUCCAGAAGAGCUGAACGAGAUCGAGCACAUAUCCACACUUCAGAAAUCUAAUUGUCAUUUCAAACGUGUUUUGCAUAUUUGGGUCAUUGACAAAUGAGGUUUUUAAUAGUGUAAAAAAACAUGAUGGAGAUAUAAUUAAUUUUGAAGUUUUAU